AUGUCUAAACUUAAAGAUAAACUAUCGAUAUCAAUGUCAUCACAGUCGGGAUCGGGCAUGACAGGAGGCAGUGGCUCAGCAUCAGUCGGCUCAACAGUUGUGGCUUCGACACUGACACCAACACAUAACCAAUUGCUGCGCAAGAAGUACCUCGACCUGAUAGAGUACGGCAAUCAACAUCCUCAAACAACGCAACAGAACCUAUAUCAACUUAGAAAGACUAUAUUACUCGAGGGAUUGCCCGAUGACACUGAGGAGGAGAAAGAGGAUAGGAGAAAGGGUAGCCCAAAGUGUAGUCUGCGAGGUCUGAUAUGGAAGAUAUUGCUUGGUGUUAAGGACUGCGACGCUGAGAAGUACAUUGAAUUGGUCAAGAGAGGUCCAUCAGAGCAAUACGAGAAGAUUAGAAAGGACACGAGCAGGACGUUCAAGGGCGACGAUCAGUUCUCACAGGCUGUACAGCAGGAUAAGCUAUCGCGCUGUCUCAAUGCAUUCAUUCAUCUGACCUCUGAUCUCAAGCAGGCCGAUCUCAAACAGAGCCUUGGCUAUGUGCAGGGUAUGAACCUCCUCAGUGGGGCAUUCCUCUAUGUACUUCCCGAGCUCGAUGCCUUCUAUUGUUUCUCCACAAUGAUCCUGCAGUACUGUCAUCGAUACUGUUUGCCCAAGAUCAGUGGCGUACUCUCUGCGCUCAAUAUACUGGAUACAAUCCUUGAGUUUGUUGAUCCAGAGCUUUAUGGAUACCUGGUAUCAUCAAAGAACUAUGAUCCACAGUUGUUAACACAUGCCAUCAUCAGUCUUGGAGCAAGUACACCUCCACUUGGAGAGAUACUCAAGCUGUGGGACUUCUAUCUGGCAUUUGGUGUGCAUAUGAAUGUGAUUGGAACAGUGUCGCGACUACUACUGAUGCGUGACUCAUUGCUUGCGGAUCCAUCACCAUGCUCUCAAUUCCGUUCACUUCCAGAUCUCGAAGCCGAAACCAUGAUCAACUUGUCCAUUCACAUUGUUCGACAGCUACCUGAAGACCUCUACGACCUUUUAGUCGAUCAUCCAAUUGCCGAUAUCAGCAGCCAGGAAGAGUUCAAC